CUCUGCAGGCUGCAGAUCUGUCAAACUGCGCUUCAGGUUUCAUCUCCACCAGCUACUACACAGCAAGAUCUGCGCUUCCACUUUGGAAAUCACUGUCCAGACCUGCAUCUGUGCUGCACCUUUCAUCACCAAAACGCACUCCUUUUCUGCAUAGCGGUGCCAUGCUGCCCGGAGGCUGUGGAUGAGAAAGUAUGUCGUCAGACUUCUACUACAGAGAUGAUGUGGUGGAGAGGGGGUCCAUCCCCCUGGACAUCGAUAAUGUCCACAUGCUGCUGCAGGUGGAACAAGAACAGAUCCAGAAGAAGACCUUCACCAACUGGGUCAACGCUCAGCUGGCAAAGCGGAGGCCACCAUGUAUGGUCGUGGAUCUGUUCCAUGACUUCCGUGAUGGCUCCAAACUGUUGGACCUGCUGGAGGUGAUGAGCGGCCAGCGCCUUAGUCGGGAAAGAGGCAGGGGAAUGUUUCAGCACAGGAGCAACAUUGAGAAAGCCCUUUCCUUUCUAAAGAAGAAAUCGAUCAAACUAGUCAACAUAAACAUUCCUGAUAUUAUUGAUGGUAAACCGUCCAUCAUCCUUGGCCUCAUAUGGACAAUCAUCCUACAGUACCAUAUUGAGGAAUUGGCCAGCGGCCUUUCUUUCGAUUCCCGUCAGUCCUCCAUGGAGUCUUUGGCCAGUCUGGACUCCCGCUCCACCCUGUCGAGCCGCUCAGCCGGCAGCAGUCCCGUCCCUCCUAGAGGCUCGCCACUACACAACCGAUUCAGGGUUUCUGCCAAGAAGGCCCUGCUGCUGUGGGUCCGCGAACAGUGCCACAAAGCUGGCUGUUCAAUAAAUGUGAAAGACUUCAAAACUAGCUGGAGGAGUGGAGUGGCCUUCCUGGCGAUCCAGUACGCUCUGCGGCCGGACCUGGUGGAUCUGUCCAAAGCCAGAACCAGAAGCAACAAACAGAACCUGGAGGAGGCCUUCAGCAUCGCAGAGAGAGAGCUGAGGAUCCCCAGACUGCUGGAUCCUGAUGAUGUGGACGUCCGGGAUCCUGAUGAGAAGUCCAUCAUGACCUACGUGGCUCAGUUCCUGCAGUACUCCAAAGACCUGCCGGUGACAGAGGAAGAAAUGCAGACACAAUACCUGACAGUCCCUAAAAGCCCUUCUCCUGUCGACCUGCCUGUUCACUACACUCCUGCUAUUUCUGCCUCACCUCUGCGACAGGCAACACCUGAUCAGAAGGCACAGGAAGUGACGUGCUGGCUGGUUCAGGCCUAUGACGAGCUGCUGGAGGGAUGGGACUCCACAGAGGGAGAGAGCUACUCAGAGAGAUACCAUGUGAUUCAGACCUUUCUGGUGUCCUUUAAUGAGCAGCGGCGUCCCAUCAUGCCUUUACUGACAGCGAUGAGACGGACCCCGAAACUGAGCGAUGAGCAGCGGGCUCUCAGAGACGCGUGGGACAACCUUACUGAAAAGCUACGUGAAUACAAAGUGGAGUUAGAUAAGAGUCUUCCAGCACCCUUGAACACGGUGGCUCGCUGGCUGCUGAAAACGGAGAAGGCCCUGGCCGAGGAGGAGGGUGACCCACAGGACCACGGCCGAGCUGCUGACGAUGCCAGGGAGAAACAAGAGCUCCUCAAAGUCUGCCUGGAGGAGAUGCCGCAGCAUGUGAAGACCUUCCAGUCCUUCCAAAACUUGGACGAGUAUGGAAACGUGAUGGUUCCUACUGACAAGAUGGAUGAACUAAAGAGGAGAUUCACCAGUGUGAGAGUGACUGCCAAAUACCACGGGAUCAAGCUGGAUUACAGAGAGCACCGUCACACAGUUUUAGAUCUGUUGGGGCAGAUCAGGACCAAGCUGCGGCUUUGGAAGAGACCUUACAUCUCCCCAGAGGCUGUCAGGGUGUUGCUGCAAGAAUGGCAUGAUCUGGUGAACACACAGGAGCUACCCUCUUUGUUAGAAUCAGCUCUCCACAAGCUGAAGCAGGUUUCUGAGAAAUAUUCAAGCAAAUCUGCCCUCGCUGCAGAUUACCACCAGGUCAGUCAGCAGGUGAAGCAGCUGGAAGGGGACACCACUGCGGUUUUGGAAGAGGUGACCAAAACCAAGAGCACCAUGGGACGGGUCCUGUCUGCUUGGGACUCCUACAGUGACUGCUUCAGCUCCCUGCAGGCUUGGCUAGAGCAAGGCUCUGCAGCACACAGCCAUGGCCAAAGACCAGAGGUGACGUCAGAGAUGAUGGCGGAGUGGGGAUCCCGACAGGCCCACCUGAACGAGGUGGGUAACUUCCUGAUCGAGUCAACAGACCCCCAGACCAGCAGGGGCCUGGCAGAGGAGCUGCGCAGACUCAACAUGCACUGGGCCGAGUUCGUCAAGAAAAACACGUUUGACAACACGGCUGAGCCCAGCGCUGACGUCCAGGCCAGACCCCAAGACAUCCAAGCUCUGAUCAGAGAAGCCACUCUGAUUCUCAGAGAGCCUCUGGAGGCCAUGGGAGGUCCCUUACGCACCUACAGAAAAAGAAUACAGUUCAUAAUGAGGAAAAUAAAAGAAUUGGAUCUUGAGGCUCUGGCUCCCUCCCCAGAAUGCCCAGCAGAUCAGUUACAGAAACUGAAGCUUGCUGUACCUGAAGUGAUGCAGACCUUGAUGGAGGCAGAACAGGUGUGUACAGAGCUGCAGCACAGUGUGUCAGGUCUGGACAGUCGUAUGGCUGAACUCCUGCACUGGGAGACUGAGGCCAGUGAGCUCUACCAGCUGCUGAGGGCCCAAGACAGACAACAACAACAGCGGGGCCAGGACCCACGAACCAGGGCCCUGAUUUCCCGUGGUCUACAGCUGGAGGGCCAGGUGGUUACAGAAGAGCAGGACCUGCAGGUGAUGGUGAUGACGAGUCAGAAAAACUCACCCAUCCAGUACCUCCAUGCCACCGCCAUGCAGGACCGAGUGCGAGCUGCUGUUGCACAGUCACAGGAAGCUGUAGGUAUGCUGAGCAGCCUGGGAGCCAGAAGAGACAGAAGCAGAAGCAGAAGCCCCCCAGAAGGGUCUCCUCCAUCCAAAGUCUUUAAACAGGCUAAAGAAAGUUCUCAAUAUCUGACACAGUCAGACAGAGACAGAUGGCCAACUAAGCAGCCCGAGACAACGUUAGUUUCUCAUCAGCGUCAAACCUUUGUACCAAAGAUAGUGCUCCAGGAAUACAGACAAGAAAAGGUGACUUCUCCUACAAUGCCAUAUACCUAUGCACAAGCUGUGAUGCAGACCAGGACAAAGUCGCCACCAGAAGGCUAUGCUCAGGCCUGGCCAGAGGCUGCCGUGCAAAAGCCACAGCAGACUCAGGAGCAAGGAUUGAUACAGCAGCAACAGCCACCGCAGCAAGGACAACUUGACAGACAGACAGAAAAAGAGCUACAACAGCAAGAACUCAAGCAACAGCAGCCACAAGAAGUGCAACAGCAGGGGCAAAUGCAAACACAGCCUCAACAACUGCAGCAGAAGCAGGAAUGGCAACAGGUGGAGCAGCAGCAGCAGGUAGAAAUGCAUCAAUACCAAGUUAAGCAGGUGGCAACAGAGAGGCCAACACCAGAGCCCCAUGAGCAGACUUCCCUUCAACAACCACCAGUAAAGAAACCACAGCUGAGCUCCCAGGAGCUUCAGAGCAGAAAGACUCAGGCCAUGAAGAACCGGCCCUGGCUUCAGAAGCCAGGCUCAGGAGAGCAUAAAACUCCCACUCCAGAACCAGAACAGGAUUCCACUCAGGAGAUUCAGCUGCAGUCAACCAGAGAAACAGUGGUAUCAGUUCAGGUUGUUACACAGCAUACAGCAUCUACAAGACCACAACCUGAGGCACAGGCAAAGGUUACUAAGCAGCCAGAAAAACAGCACAAAGAACAACAAAAACAAGCACAGCAACCUCAAAAUCUAGAGCAGCAACAACAACUGCAACAUCAACAAAAACAACAAAAAGAGAAGCAUCAGCAACAAAAGCCACAUCAACUGGAAAAACAACAAAGGCAACAGGAACAAUUGCUGCUGCAACAGCAACAAGAAAAACAAUCACCGCCUAUUGUAAGACAGGCUCAACCAGACUCAGACACCAAGGCUAAAUCCCAGACUGCUACUAUGGCUCAGCCUCACCCACAAACAAAGGCCCCAAGUCAGUCACAACCCCAAACUACUGCUCAGGCUAAAACUCAGGCAGCAGUCCACGUGCCAGUGCAGUCCGCAAGUAUGUCCCACACUUCCACAGACGGUCAGCAACCACUGAAGACCACGCCCCAGACCACAGUGAGCCAAGGUCAGCCACAAACACAAGUUCUUCCACAGCCCCAUGGCCCCGUGAAGACACAGUCAGUGACCCAGCAGCAGACACAACAACAGCUUCAGCCUCAGGUUCAGACUCAGUCCCAAACAUGUGCCCCAGGUGGACCUCAACCAUCUCUGCAGCCGCAGGGUCUACUUCUUGGCCCACCUGUAGUUCAAGUGCAGACAUUUUCUCAAGUCAAACCUUCUUCCCCUAUGCAAGCUUCAUUUCAGGGUCAAAUACCGCCUCCUGUGCCAUCCCACAUUCAGCUUCGUAGUCAUCCACAGGCCUGGUCUCCUGUCAGGCCGCCAUCCCCUAAGCCACCAACACAAGCUCAGAUGACCCAACCUCAAACCCAUGCUCAGUCAAUGCCUCAGCCUCAAACCCAUGCUCAGUCAAUGCCUCAGCCUCAAACUCAUGCUCAGUCAAUGUCUAAGCCUCAAACCCAUCCUCAGUCAAAGCCCAAUUCUCAAAUAUAUCCUGAGUCCAUGACCCAUCCUCAAACCCAUGCCCAGUCCACGACGCAGGUUCAAACCCGUCCUCAGUACAUGACCCAGCCUCAAACCCAUCCUCAGUCCAUGACCCAGUCUCAAAUCCAUCCUAAGUCCAUGGCCCAGGUUCAAACCCAUGCUCAGCCAACAGCCCAGCCAAGUCAUACCCAACCUUCAGCUCAACAGACCCAAGCUCCUCAUGUAGUCCAGCCUCAGGGUCCUAUUCAGCCGAUGACUCAGUAUCCCGCACAUGCUCAGCCCGAGGUCCAGCACCCAGGCCAUAUUUCCCAGGGCCAAAUCCAUGCUUGGACUCAAGUUAGAGGCUCAUCCCCAAUGUCUGUCCAGUAUCCACAAGCUCCAGCACAACAUCCUCUUUACCCCCAAGGUUACUCCCAGGGACAGUCUCCAACCCACCAGUGGCCACCCAAACAAGAGCCUCAAACGCAACCUGCUGCCCAGCAGAGGCAUCCAAUUCCCCAGUCAUACCCUCAGCAAAGAGGUCAAGCUCCACAGUGUCAGGCUUACCCAGCAAUUCAGGCUCAACAACAGUGGCCCCAAGUUGGGCCCCAACAAGGACCUCAGGUUGGGUAUUCUCACAUGGGGCCAUCAUACGCUCAGCCUCAGAUGCAAACACAAACCCAACCCUGGGCUCAAACACAACCCCAAAUGAGACCCCAGAGUUCCAUGCAGCAUCAACCUCAAAUGGGAGCUUAUAAUAUGUUUCAUAUGCAGGGGCAACAAGGCCAAGUUCAGCAACAGACUUGGGUUCAGGCACCGCCCCAACGUCAGCCACAGCCGUAUCCCCAGCCUUAUCCCCAGCCUCAAUCUCAGCAAUAUUCACAGGUUCAGCAUCAACCUCAGCGUCACCCUCAGCCUCAGAUGCAAGCUCAAACACCUCCCCAAUCGCAACCACCACACCCAGCCCAUCCUCAACUUCCUUCUCAGCCUCAGAUCCAACCCCAGCAGCAGGUCCAGUCCCAAACACACAUCCAGACGCUGCCACCGGUACAAGUAAAACCCCAGGCCCAGACUCAGCAGCCUCAGCCCAAUCUUCAGUUCCAGCAGCAGCCUCCACAACCCAAACAUCAGGUCCAGCUCCAACAACAACCGAAGAUUCAAUCACCAACUCAACCAAAAGGUGAAUCCCCUCCACAACCCAAACGUCUGGCCCAAUCACUACCACAAUCAGAGGUUCAAUCACCGACUCAACCCAAGGUUCAAUCACAGACCCAACUUAAGGUCCAAUCAAAAACUCAACCUAAGGGUCAGCCACAGACCCAAACUCAACCCAAGGCUGAAUCAGUGGCACAGACUUUACCUGAGCCCCAAUUACCCCCUCAGCUCAUGGCUCAGUCAACAGUCAAGGCUGAAUCACCACCACAACCCAAACCACAGGCCCAAACAGGACCACUACCUGAAGCUCAAUUACAGACCCAACCGAAGGUUCAGUCAUCAACCCAACCCAAGACCCAAUCACCACCACAACCCAAAUCACAGGCCCAAGCAGUACCACUACCUGAAGCUCAGCCACCAACUCAACCCAAGGUUCAGUCACCAACUCAACCCAAGGCCCAAUCACCGCCACAACCCAAACCACAGUCCCAAACAGCGCCACUACCUGAAACUCAAUUACCAGCUCAACCCAAGGUUCAGUCGCCAACCCAACCCAAAGCCCAAACACUGCCACAGCCCCAACUUCAGGCUCAGUCACCACCACUACCCAAGGCCCAAACUGGACCACAAUCUAAGGCUCAAUCACCCCCACAGGCCAGACCUCAGACCCAACCACCUCCACAGUCAAAACCUCAAACUCAGUCUCCUCCGCAACCCAAACCUCAACAGCCCCAAACUGUUCUCCUCCCCCAGGUCAAUGUGCUGCCUCAGUCCCUGUCAGAGUCACCAGAACUAUGCAUGAAACCUCCGGCCCUGGCCCAGGCGCCUCCCCAGGCCUACACAGAGGCUUAUGCCAAGGCCCAGGCAUUGGCCAGAAAUGGCUUUGAGGAGGCCAAGUACUGUCUGCAGGAGCAUAUCAUGGAAUGCAUUAAUGUGUUUAAAGACAAAUCUUUAUCGUCUGAGCCAGCAUCAGUGAAAGAGGAGACCCUGAAGACCCUGGACCCUGAGUUGCUUGAGGAGUUCUUGAGGGCAGCCAAAGGCAUGGAGGCCUUUUGUACCCCGUCACAGCUCAGAGACAUGGAGUUCUUCACCCAGUCUGUCAUGACACAGUGGGAGGCUUGUUUCUCAGCCGAGGGCAGCUUUGCCCAGGCAGGGCAGCACCUCGAGGCCUUGAAGGAGCUGUGUGACACCCUGAGCCCUGAGGAUGCUCACCGCCUGGCCCAGACUCAGCUGAGGGAAUGUGAGACGAGGCUGGCUGCCAUCCAGCGACAGUUCAGCGGAGACCAAGACGCGCCGCUCCCUGAUUCUAGGCAAGAUAUUAUUAAGAUUCCUGUUGCCUUCAGUGAGGAUCUGACCGCACAAAAGGAACCCACAAGACCAAGUGACAAACCUCUGGUCUCAGCUGAGGUGUUGCCAGUGAAGACAGCUGGUGUAGAGAAGAGGGAGGUUGAAAAGCAGCCUUCUGUGGACGAUGAAGUCACCAAAAAGGAGGCUUUGGAAAGAUAUGAGAACUGUAAAAGGGCUCUGCAGGCACAACUGGCUAAAAAUGAACAGAGCAUCGAGGAUGUCCCCUCUGACUCUGUCUCUCUGAAAGGUCUGCAUACACGGCUCCAGGAAAUACAGUUCUUGAGGCAAGAGACAGAGUCUCUGUGGUCUGAGUAUGCGAACCAGUGCUCCCAGUGUUCCCAGUUGAGCGGGAACACUGGUCUGGAGCAAGAGAAGGCUGAGCUGCAGGAGCAGUGGCGCAGCCAACAGUCCAAACUUCAGAAGAGGGGUAGCUCGCUAGGCGCCGCCCUCAGACAGAUCGACUCCACCGAGAACCACAUGGUGGACUUCACUGACCGUCUGGACCGCUACCUGAGACAGCCCAAAGACGUCACUGCCUUCACACUGGCCAACACCAACAUCCUGAAAGAUAUCAAGGAACUGGAUGACAACAUUCAGAGCGAGCUGGACCAGCUGUCCCGUCUAGACCCUGAAUCGAGCGAUCUGGACCCCAGAGACAGUCGUCCUCUGUCCCGAGAGGUCGAGACUCACAAAGCCAGCCUGGAUCAGCUCCGACAGCAGGUCCGGAAGAGCGAAGCAGCCGCACGUGCCCUCGACCGCUUCCUCAUGUCAUUGCGCACUGUGGAUGAAGACAUCUCUGGAGUCCAGGGCGCCCCCUGCAGUGACCCUGUGGUACUGCAGGACUGUCGCUCCAAGCUGGCUCUGAUCAGGCAAAGCAUCGACAGUCUGAAGGAGAAGGCGCCUCAGCUGGAUGUGCUCCUGCAGGGCGCCAGGCUGACAGUCACCAGGGAAGGUGUCCCGGCCUCCUGCCUGGACAUGGUGACCGCUCUGCUGAGGAGGCUGGAGGAGGCUGACAGCGGGCUGGCCGGACAGCAGAAGGGUCUCCAGAAGGAGACACAGAGCAAAUCACUGGGCCUGAGGAAGAGGACGCUGCUGGGGGAGCUGAGGAAGCUGCAGGAAACAAUCGAAACACAAGGCCUGAAGGAGCCCACCAUACCUGCUGUACAAAACAGGCUACGUGCCCUGUCAGAUUUGGACGGUCAGGUGCAGGCGCAGCACGCAGAGCUCAAGAACCUCCGUGAACUUCAAGAGAAACAGGGAGGAGAAGAGCACGUCCUUCAGGAAGUGGAGACUCAGUGGAAGGAGACUCAGAGAGCUUUUUCUGACAGGAAGAAGCAGUGCAGCGUCCUGCUGGAGCUUCUGAAAAAGUUCCAGAGCUGCCGCAGCCAACUGAGCAGCACCAUGCAGAAAGCAGAGCAGACCAUCAGUGAGCGGGCUUCCUACCUGGGCAAGGAGAACCUGCAGAGAACCAUUACCACGGUCCGUGACAUUAAGAAGGAGCUGGGUGGUAUUGGAGAGUGCGUGGAAGAAAUGAAGGGUGUUUGCCGACAGCUGCAGACUCAACUGAAGAAGUUCCCAGACUGCAGUGGGAUGCCCUUUGAAGGAGAGGCUAACACACUUAUGGACAACUGGCUGGAUGUGACAGAGAAGACAGAUACCUACAUGGAUAACCUGCAGGUGGGGCUGGAGCUGUGGGAGAAGCAGCUGAUGCUGGGGGGAGAGGUGGACGGCUGGGCAGGGGCCAAACUGGUCCUGUUUGCUGAGAGCCAUCCCUUCCACGAUGAGCAACAAGUACUCGCCAUGAGGGAUGAGAUCCACGCCAAUGAGGAGAACAUUGAACAUUUCCACAAGAAGUCUGUCGAGAUCCAGGAGAUGCUGCAGAGUCGGGAGGCGCCACUGGAGCUGCAGGUGAUGGAGACCCAGCUGAGGAAGAGGAUGGAGCAGGUGAAGGAGCUGUUUGCCGACUGCACCGACGUCUUUGAGGAACUGGUAGCUGUGAGGAAACACCUAACUGAGAAGAUAGAGGAGUGCCAGUGCGCUGUAGAGGGUAUUCAGUGUUCUGUCAACAGUGUUGAUGCGUCACAACCAACGGUGGAGGAUGAGUUACAGAAUCUGUGUGACGAUCUGGAGACUCAGGAGGAGCAGGCCGAGGCAGCGCUGAAGGAGGUUGGUUUGAUUUCCAGCGUGGCCAGUCCUCAGGUGCUGGAGGCGCUGUCUGCAGACUGCGACAGGCUGAAGGAGGCCAUUUCCCGCACCAAGGAGAUGAUCCACCUCAAGAGAGAGGAGAGGGACAAAGGCCUGCUCAAGGUUAUCAAAGAUGAAAAGCAGUCGUUUGAGGAGUGGUUCCAGGACCUGCAGCUGUCUGUCAAUGAGUGCUUUGAGCAGCCUGAGAGCAGAGCAGACGUGGAAACAUCCCUGCAAAAACUCACUGCUUUCUUGAAAUCCAGGAAUGCAGAGAGACGUCUGGAGCAGCUGAAAGAUCAGCUGGAGAGAGGCAGCAAGCAGGUUCCUCCUCAGCAGCUCUCUGAGUUUAACGACUGGCUGAAGGAGCAGGAGAAGGAGGUGGGCAGGUUCAGAACCCACUGCGACAACAAGCAGAAACAAAUGGAGCCACUCCUCAGUGACUUGAACAGUCUGCAGAUGCAACACGACAGCUUCCGUGAGUGGCUGCAGACCAAAGAAAAACAGUCUGCGAAGACUGUCAAUGCCAAACUUCUACUCACAGACCUUCAGGAUGAGAGUGGCAGAGUCGAGAGCCUGAAAAAGCUGUUAGCAUCGCUACGCAAACAAGGCGUCAGAGGUGAAAGCCUCCUGAAGGACGGUGAUAACUUGAUACAACGCUACAGUAACCUGGAGGCCAGGCUGCAGAAGCAGGCAGAUGCCCAGAGCGCCCUGGAGGGGGAGUUUGACAAGUUUAAUACCCAGACUGAGAGCACCAGGACCUGGAUAACUGACCUUGUGAAACCCCUCACCUCCACCGGCAGAGACACCCAGACUGAGGAGAUAAAGCAGAAAGCACAGGCUGUCCUGAGCUCCAAACCUGAGGGAGACUCUAAAGUGAGCAACCUGAGAAGAAAAAGCGAAAGUCUGUGUGAGCGGGAGGACCUGGAGGAGGGCAAGAAACAAGAGGUUCAGCAAUCUGUCAGAGAAACAGAGGAGCAGUGGAAGACAGCUCUGAAGACAGCUGAGGACAAUCUCAACAAGGCGGAAACACAAGCCCAGUUAGACAAGGACUUAGACGCUGUCAAAGCCCAGAAUGAAAAUGUCCAGUCCUGGAUCAAAGAACAGGAGCAGAACGUACAGUCGCUUGGUGGUUGCAUGCAAGUUGGAGAAAAGCUACAGAUUGCACAAGUGACACUGAACUCUAAGCCUGAAGGAGAUUCAAAACUCCAGGAUCUGAAGCAAAAAUGCCAGAGUCUGUGUGACAACCCGGGCUUGGACGAGAGCAAGAGACGAGAGGUUCAGGACGCUGUCAGACAAACAGAGGAGCAGUGGAGGAAAGUCUUGCAGGCUGCUGAGGAGGGUCUCAACAACGCAAAGACCGAAGCUUCCACUGAAAAGGACUUUGAUUCUUUCAAAACCCAAAGUGAGGGCGUUCAGUCGUGGAUCAAAGAGCAGAAGCAGAAGCUGCUCCCCCUCAGUAGUCACAUGCCGCUUGAGGAAAGGUUACAGGUCGCACAGGCUGUUAUUUCCUCCAAACCUGAGGGAGACUCCAAGGUGCUCGACCUGAAGACACACGGUGAAAGUCUGUGUAAACAUCUGGAGGGGAGCAAGAAACCAGAGGUUCAGCAGGUGAUAAAAGACACAGAGCAGCAGUGGGGAACAGUCCUGCAGGCUGCCAGGCAGGCAGAGCUCAGAAGUCUCUCAGAUGACUUUGACGCUCAGAGUAAAAACACUCAGUCCUGGAUCAGAGACAAACAGCAGCAGCUACAGUCCGUGGGCAGUCACACACCACCUGAUGAGAGAUGUCACACAGCUCAGGCCAUCUUGAGCUCCAAACCCGACGGUGACUGUACGGUGAACAACCUGAGGAGACGGGGCCAGACUCUCUGUGACCAUCAGGACGCAGACAAAGGCAGGAAAGCCCACGUCCAGAAGACGAUCAGAGACACAGAGGAGCAGUGGAGGACAGUCCUGCAGGCUGCCAAACAGGUGGAAGCAGCUGCAGAAGUCGAGAUGACCAUGAAGACUGAGCAGGCAAAGCUGAAGCUGAAAGAAUUUGACACCCAGCAGCAGGACACUGACUGCUGGCUCACAGACUUCCAACAACGACUGGGCUUACUGAAGAGUCAAACCACAGCUGAGGACAAACUGCACACUGCAAAGGCCAUAAUGAGCUCCAAGCCCGAAGGAGACUCCAGGAUCCAGAAGCUGAGAAGACGAGGCCAGAGCUUGAGCGGUCAGGACCUUGAGGAGCCCAAAAAACAAGAGGUUCAACAAAAAGUAAAAGGCGCUGAGGAGCAGUGGACGAGAGUCCUGCAAAAUGCUAAAGAAGCCCUGGAUCAGGCUGAGAAGCAGUUUGCUCUGGAGGGCCAGCUGAAGGAAUAUGAAGCCCUGAAAGAAAACACCAAAUCCUGGCUGGAAGACAAACAGCAGAGCCUCGUCUCUCUGGACAGUCAGACAGAUCCUGAAAAGAUAAUCAGCACAGCACAGACUAUCCUGAGCUGUAAGCCUGAGGGAGACUCCAAGCUGACAGAGCUGAGGAGACAGAGCCAGAGUCUGUCUGACCAGGAGGACCUGGAGGAGGACAAGAGACAGGAGGCUCAGCAGACGGUGAAAGAUUCAGAGGAGCAGUGGAAGACGGUCCUGCAGACGGCAGAGAACACUCUGAAGAAAGCUGAGGUCCAUUACUCGCUCUCCAGGGAGCUGGAGUCCUUCCAUACCCAAGCAGGGAACACCAAAACCUGGGUCAAAGAGCUGCAGGAACAGGCCAAGUCCAAAGGCAGUGGCACUCAGGGCAGCCGUGCUCAGAUAGAGGACAAGCUGAACACAGCACAGGUCAUUUUGAGCUCCAAGUCCAACGGUGAGGCUCAAGUGAUGGAGCUGAAGAAACGAGCUAAGAGUCUGUGUGACCAAAAAGACCUGGAGAAAGACAAGAGACGGGAGGUUCAGCAGACGGUCAAAGACACUGAGCAGCAGUGGAAGACGGUCCUGCGGGCUGCUGAGGAGACACAGAGGCAGUUGAAGGGUGUUGUGGAGCGCAUGGCAUCCUGUCAGAACCAGCGAGAGCAGACUGAGGCCAGUCUGUCUGACCUGCAGAAGCAGACGUCCAACCUGCCGCGUGUCUUCCCCUGGCCGGGCCUGGGAGAGCGGAGGCAGGCGGUGGAAAACGCCCGGAGCCUGCUGGACCAGAGCACAGCUUUGGCCCCUGUCCUCUCAGACGUCCGCACACAGGCUGCAGAGCUGUUUAAGACCACACAGGACCCUGGCUGGUCAGAUCCCUCCUGGGCAGCCAAGGAAGAGGCCAUUCCUGCUCUGCUGAAAGAGCUGACUGAGGCAGCAGUUAAUCUGGAGCAGGGCAUCCGAACAGAGAGGCAGUGCACCCAGCUGGUGGAGCAGCAUGAAGCAGCCCAGGACUGGCUGAGGGAGCAGGUUAAAGGCCUGGGAGCUCCUCCAGCAGACAGACAGGGCCUGUACAACACCGUCAACACUCUGAAGGCCUUACUCCAGACAGUGGACAGGGAGAAUAAAGAGAUGAAGGAGCUGGACUCUGCCAGAGACAGUUUACUGAACCUCUGCACCCCUGGAGGACGGGAUGCCCUGACCCUCGAGGUCAGCCAACUCCACGACCUCUGUGCCACCUCGGAGCGGGAGGUGAAGGAGCGCCUGAAGACCUGUGAGACACGGCUGGAAGAGCUGGACGGUCAGCUGGCCAAGAGGGCCAAGGGGCUAAAGGAGAGAGCAGCAGCCCUGCAGUGGGAGCUCCGUUCUCUGGACCAGGCGCUCAGUUACAGCGAACCACAUAACAACAUCGCUCAGCUCCAACAGCACUGGCACAGCCUUCAGAACUGUGAGAAAUCUCUAGAAGAUUUGGGUGUAAAAGUUCACGACCUUAACCAGGAAGUAAAAGCUACUCCUGCCACUGAUGAGCUGCCAGCAGAAAUUACGACUGUGGUGCAGUCCGUAUGCCAGCAACAUGACAGUCUAAAAUCCAGGCUGAGUGACCGUAAGAGUACCUGCACUGCAAACACGGCUCGCUGUCUGAUGGACUCUCUUCACGCCCUGCAGGAGUGGAACCUCAGCAGACCACCAGAGUCCAGUUCCUCUGUGAAGGUGACAUUAGAGGAAGGUGAGAAGUUGCAGGCCAAUUUGCGUGAGGCACUCUCACACAAGCAGUUUCUGACAGACUGUUUGAUGCCAGUCUUGAUUGAGAAGCUGGAGAGAGAAGGUUCAGAGACACUCAGAGAAGCAGACACUCAUAAAGCUUCUCUCAGCCAGAGCUUAAAGGAACCUGAUGGAAAGAGUAAACAAAAGCUGGCUGAUGUCCCACAUGGUAAUGUAGAGGAGACAAAGGCAUCUGUAGUGGCACCACCUCGGAAAAGCAAGCGCUCACCUGAGAAAAAACCUCAAGUUACACAACAAAAAAACAUUACCUUGACAGAAACAUCUACAUCUAUUGAGGAUGUAUUGUCAGUUUCUGUUCAGUUGCAAACUGAGGCUAAAACAUCAAAGCCUACUGUGACAGUAGUCAUGGAAGACACAAAAAUAACUGGUGUGGGGCAAACCAGAAUUGAACCAACAAAAAAGAAAUCUCAGAGUCCAACAUAUGCUUCAGAACCUUUUACAGCACAACGUGACAACACUUCUCAAGAGGCACCGUUUAAAAGUAUAAAACUAGAUACCACAGCUGAGCCUGUUGGAGCUGAGCAAAUCAAAUCUGCUGUUGAGGAACCUGUGCCGAUACAAAAGGUCAGUGAGCAGUCUACACCUGAUGUUGGUGAGAAAACUACACUUGUACCAUCCAGGAGAAAGACCAGGACUUCAGCCACUGAUACAGAGCCUGCCCAGACUAAGGUGGAGCCUGAAAUGGUGAAAACUGUAAUUACUCAGGGAUCACCCAUAACUCCAACAGGAACUGCUGCUGUGGAAGAAACAAAGCGUGUAGCAACCAUUAUUCUAGAUGUUUCAGAGCCACUUGCUUCUGCCCCUGACAGCCUGAAGUCUUCUUCAGCUCCACAGAUGGCCACAGAACUAACUGAAACUACUGUUGUGAAAGAAAAAAUACUUUCUCCAACCAAGAGAAAACCAACAGAUCCAAAAUCUUCCCCAGAACAUGCUACAGAGGAGGUGGCACAGUCAAAGCAAGAGCCUAGCAGUCAGAAGCCUUCACUGAGCUCAGAAGAGCAGAUUGAAACUGUUGCUGAGGAAGAAACAAAAGUUAUACCAACCAGAGGGAAAUCAAUGGGUGUUGAGGUUUCCACAGUUGCAGAGCCAGAGUUUGUUCACGCACAAGCUAAAACUACUGUCCUGGAACAAAGUAAGCUUAUCCCACCUAAGAGGAAGUCAAAGAGUACAGAAACUCCUCUUAAACAUGCUGACACUGAGCCACACCAGACAAGGAUAGAACCUAAAGAUCAAAAAUCAUCUUUUAGUUCUAAUGACCUGAGUAAUGUUACUGAAGAAACAAAACUUGUACCGACCACCCGAAAGUCAAACACUGGUGACUUUUCCAAAACUUACGAAGCAGUUGUUACCCAUGUUAGAUCACUUGAUUUGGAGUCUGAACAAAAAAAGAAACAGCAUGAUGGUCAAAAGUCUUCAACUCCAGAGGUGGUCAAAGAACAGACUCACAGUCAGAAGCUAUCUUCAACACAAGAAUUGGUCACAGCACCACCUGAAGUAAGUACUGUGGAAAAAGGAAAGCUGUCACCUACAAAAGGAAAGUCAAAGGGUCUUAAACAUUCCCCAGAACUUGCUACCCAAGAGUUGAUAAAGACCAAGGAAGGCCCUCAGACUCAGAGGCCAUCCUCGACUCAAGAAAUGGUCACAACACCAAGUGGAAGUAUUGUUGUGGAUAAGGGAGAGCUUCCACCAACCAAAAGAGAGUUAAAGGGUCUAAAACUUCCCCCAGAACCUGCUACCACAGAGCUGACAAAGACCAAGGAAGAGCUGGGCAGGCAGAAGCCAUCUUCAGCCCCAGGUGUGGUCACAGCACCAACUGAAAUAAGUACUGUGGAAAAAGGAAAGCUUUCACCAACCAAAAGAAAGUCAAAGGGUCUUAAACUAUACCCAGAAGUCGCUACCACAGAGGUGACAAAGAGUCAGGAAGAACCUGUCAUUCAGAAGCCAUCUCCAGCUCAAGAAUUGGUCACAACAACAACAACAACAACAACAACUGAAAUUACUGUUGUGGAAAAAGGAAAGCUUUCACCAACCAAAAGAAAAUCAAAGGGUCUUAAACUCUCCCCAGAAGUUGCUACCACAGAGUUGACAAAGAUGCAGGAAGAGGCUGUCAUUCAGGAGCCAUCUCCAGGUCAAGAAUUGGUCACGGCAACAACUGGAAUUACUGUUGUGGAAAAAGGAGAGCUCUCACCAACCAAAGGAAAGUCAAAAGGUCCUAAAGUUCCCCAAGAGCGUCCUACCACAGAGCUGACAAAGACCAAGGAAGAGCAGGACAGUCAGAAGCCAUCUUCAACCCCAGAUGUGGUCACAACUCCAACUGAAUUAAGCACUGUGGAAAAAGGAAAGCUUUCACCAACCAAAAGAAAAUCAAAGGGUCUUGCUGUUGCUACCACAGAGGUGACAAAGAGUCAGGAAGAGCAUGUCGUUCAGAAGCCAUCUCCAGCUCAAGAAUUGGUCACAACAACAACUGAAAUUACCGUUGUGGAAAAGGGAGAGCUUUCACCUACCAAAAGAAAGUCAAAAGGUCCUAAAGGUUUCUCAGAACCUCCUCCCAUGGAGCUGACAAAGACCAAGGAAGAGCAGGUCAGUCAGAAGCCAUCUUCAACCCCAGGUGUGGUCACAGCACCACCUGAAGUAAGUACUGCGGAAAAAGGAAAGCUUUCACCAACCAAAGGAAAGUCAAAGGGUCUUAAACUAUACCCAGAAGUCGCUACCACAGAGGUGACAAAGAGUCAGGAAGAACCUGUCAUUCAGAAGCCAUCUCCAGCUCAAGAAUUGGUCACAACAACAACAACAACAACAACAACUGAAAUUACUGUUGUGGAAAAAGGAGAGCUUUCACCUACCAAAGGAAAGUCAGAGGGUCUUAAGCCCUCUCCAGAAGUUGCUACCACAGAGCUGACAAAAACCAAGGAAGAGCAGGUCAGUCAGAAGCCAUCUUCAACUCCAGGUGUGGUCACAACUCCAACUGAAGUAAGUACUGUGGAAAAAGGAAAGCUUUCACCAACCAAAAGAAAAUCAAAGGGUCUUAAACUCUCCCCAGAAGUCGCUACCACAGAGGUGACAAAGAUGCAGAAAGAGCCUGUCAUUCAGGAGCCAUCUCCAGCUCAAGAAUUGGUCACGGCAACAACUGGAAUUACUGUUGUGGAAAAAGGAGAGCUCUCACCAACCAAAAGAAAGUCAAAAGGUCCUAAAGGUUUCUCUGAACCUCCUCCCACGGAGCUGACAAAGACCAAGGAAGAGCAGGACAGUCAGAAGCCAUCUUCAACCCCAGGUGUGGUCACAGCACCACCUGAAAUAAGUACUGCGGAAAAAGGAAAGCUUUCACCAACCAAAAGAAAGUCAAAGGGUUUUAAACUUUAUCCAGAAGUUGCUACCACAGAGGUGACAAAGAGUCAGGAAGAGCCUGUCAUUCAGAAGCCAUCUCCAGUUCAAGAAUUGGUCACAACAACUGAAAUUACCGUUGUGGAAAAAGGAGAGCUUUCGCCUACAAAAAGAAAGUCAAAGGGUCUUAAACCUUCUCAAGAAGUGGCUCCCACAGAGUUGACAAAGACCGAUGAGGAGCAGGUUAGUCAGAAGCCAUCUUCAACUCCAGGUGUGGUCACAGCACCAACUGAAAUUACUGCUGUGGAAAAAGGAAAGCUUCCACCAACCAAAACUAAGUCUACAGGUCUUAAACUUUCCCCAGAAAUGGCUACCAAAGACCUCACAAAGACCAGGGAAGAGCUCCAAAGUCAGAAGCCAUCUCCAGCUCAAUUGGUCACAACAACAACUGAAAUGAUUGUUGUGGAUAAGGGAGAGCUCUCACCAACCAAAGGAAAGUCAAAAGGUCCUAAAAGUCCCCUAGUCACUGCAUCAACUGAAAUUACUGUUGCGGAGAAAGGAAAGCUUUCCCCUACCAAAGGAAAGGCAAAGGGUCCUAAACCUUACACAGAACAUGCUAGCGAUGAUCUUUCUGAGACCAAGAAACAGCCAGAUUUAGAGGUAGUCACAGGGCUGGAAGAAACUGAAAUUUUUCCUCCAAAGAGAAGGUCAAAGAAUCAAACAUCUUCUCCAAACAUUGCGGAUAUAGAACCAACACAGGAAAGGGGAGAACCUACCAAUCAAGAGUUUUCAUCCAGUUCAAGAAAGGAACUAAAAACUGCUGUUGUGGGAGGACUCAAGCUUGCACCAACCUGGAGAAAGCCAAAGAGUCCAGAACUUUCUAGACCCACACAGAUGGCUCAUAUGGAACCCGAACAAGAUAAGAAACAGAUUAAGAGUUCAGAGCUUACCACAGCUUCAGAGACCUUACCUAUUGUGGAAAUGGUCUCACAACAACUACAAGCACCAGAGACCACGAUGCAGAAAAUUGAUAUUGUUGGUGAAAGACAACUUCCAAUCAAGGAUGAUGCUAAAUCAGGUGUCCCUCGACAAAUGAAACCUGCUGAGGAGAGUCAAACCACUGUUAAAGAUGUCAGUCCAGUAUGUGAAAUGUUUACUCCUCAGGUUGGUGGCACCAUUCAGGAGCUCCCAGGAAAGAAAGUUGCUACAGUUAUUCUAGGCACAAAAGUGGAUACUUAUGCUGUACCUUUGAAGUCUGUCCCCGAACCCAGUGAAUUACAGCAGUCUAAAGACAGAUCUAAAGAGGCCCCACAGCAGACCAUUACUCAGUCUACAGAAAGAGACUUAAGCACAGUGCCUAAAACACAGCUACCUCUCUCCACUGAGCCUUCUGACACACCAAGUGUGGCAGACUACAUAGACAAGUUAUGGGAAAACACAGAAGAGAAACAGAAGAGAUACCUAGUCCUCGAUCUGCCUGAUACAGGUGUCACACCAACACGUGAAAUAAAGCCAGGUCAGCCGGAGGCAGAGACUGUGGCUGAAAGUGACUCCAUUCAACCCACCUCUGUGGUUUUUGCAGGGCUAUGGCCUUCCAAGGGAGAGAAAGACAUUUCAGAAAAAAGCUCUGCUGAGCAAGACAUGAUAAAACCAAGUGAAACUGUGAGUCAGCUGAAGCUCACACAGGAACAACCGAAAGAGUUUAAGGAUUAUGAUACACAGAAAGAGCAUGUUAAAUUGUUGACACGUGAUGUGCAUGAUGCACCCGAGAGUCUUGAUGAAAAGUCUGUCAAGAAAAUCUACUUGGAGCCUGAAGUGCGCAUUUUACAACUGGAUAUACAAACCAGUCCAGACAAGGAUGAAAACACAUCUGUCACAAAAGCAAUCAGACCAAUUCCAACAAGUAUCCAGAGCGAAAGAGUGCCAGACAACAAAGAUAUAACUACUGCUGAUGUUGAGCCAGAGAAGGUUGCAAUUAAGAUGACAGAAGUGCGCGAAAGCGGUACUGAACACCAUAAACAGCAUCCGCUAGCAUUGCCCCCAGAUGAGGCAGGGACAGAAUUUGUAGAAAUAAGCAUCUCUGAGCAAGGUAUGGCAAAACCAAGCCAAACUGAGACUCAAAGAAGGCACCUAAAAACCACCAAGGAAAGACCCAAAGUGGUCAAGGAACAUGGUGUCCAAGAACAGCAACCAACACUGUCAACACAAAGCAUUGACAGUGUACCCAAGAGCUUGGAUAAAACAUCUGUUACGAAGGAGAAAAUCCACAUGGUCCCUGAAGUGCGCAUCCCACAACUUGAUAAACCCACCAAUUUAGAGAAGGAUAAAAAAGCAUCUGUCACAGCAGCAGAAGAGCCAAGGAUAGAUACUGCCCAAGCAAGCAUCAAGAGCAAAAGCAUGUCGGAAAUCAAAGGCAUUACCCCUGUUGAUGUAAAGCCAGAGAAAGCUGCAGGUGAAAUGACGAAGAUGAAGGUGCAAAAAAGUGGUACUGAAUGUCAAGACAAUGUAGCUCAAAGGGGCUCUGCUCAACCCACCCCUUCGGAUUCUGAAUCAUCGCAACCAAACAAAACAGAGACAGAAUUUAUAGAAAUAAGCUUUUAUGAGCAAGACAUAAUAAAACCAAGCGAAACUGAUAUUAAGACAGGACUAUUGAGAACUGCAAAGGAUAGACCUACAGAACUCAAGGAACAUGGAGUCCAGAAAGAGCUUGAUAUACCCAAGAGCCUGGAUGAAAAGACUGUCAGCAAGGAGAAAAUCCACAAAGGGGAAAAAGUGCUCAUUUUACAACCAGGUACACAAGCCACUAUAAAGCAGCCUGAAGUCACAUCCCUUAAAAUAGCAAAGGCACCAAAGACUGAUACAGAUGACACAAGUAUCCAGGGCAAAAAAGUGCCAGAAAAGAAAGACCUGACAUCAGCUAAUGUACAGCCAGAAAAGGCUGCAGAUCAGAAGGCCAUGGUGGAAGUGAAGACCAAGGAGAAACCCAGAGAGGUCAAGGAUCGUGAUGUGCAAGAAGUGCAAGCUAAAGUGUUGACAACAGACAUGCGUGAUGCACCUCAGAGCCUGGAUGAAAUGACUAUUGGGGAGGAGAAAAUACCCAAAGGAGCUGAAGUGUGCAUUUUACAACCAGGUACACAUGCCACUAUAAAGCAGUCUGAACUCACUCCUGUUACGAAAACAAAGACGCCAAAGACUGAUACAGAUCAAACAAGUAUCCAGGGCAAAAAGGUACCAGAAAAGAAAGAUUUGACACCAGCUGAUGUUCAGCCUAAGAAGACUGCAGUUGAGAAGGCCAUGGUGGAAGUGAAGCCCAAGGAAAAACCCAAAGAUGUCAAGGAUCGUGACGUGCAAGGAGUGCAAGCUAAAGUGUCGACAAAAGAUGUGUGUGAUGUACCCCAGAGCCUGGAUGAAAAGACUCUUAGAAUGGAGAAAAUCCAAAUGGGCCCUGAAGUGCGCACCCUACAAUUAGAUAUGCCGUCCAGUCUAAAGAAGGAUGAAAACGCAACUGUCUCAAGUACAGAGGAGACAAGGAUAGAUAUAGUUCAAACAAGCAUUCGGAGCGAUAGAGCCCCAGAAAACAAAGAUAAAACUACUCCUGCUGUCAAGCUAGAGAAGGCUGCAAUUCAGACAAGAGUAGAAACACAACAAAUUCCCACUGAAAUGCAAGAGAAUGUGACUCUGAGUGACUCCAAGCAACCCACUUCUGUUGCUUUUACAGCAGUGCAGCCAAGUGAAGAGACAACAUUUGCAAAGGUGUACAAGACUGACAAAAGAUCCCCUGCAUCACUGCAGGCAGUUCAGAAAUCUUCAGCUGACGUUAUCUGGGGUGAGGUAAGCCUGGUGGAGGGAUUGCCCCUUCAGGAAAGCAAAACUCAAGCAGAAGCAGCUUUUAUGAAGACUGAGAAGCUUUCUCUGAGGGAACCAAAAGGAUCCGCCAUGAGGACCAUCUUCACAGAGAUACACCUACUCUCAGGGACAGGACCCACCUGUCAAUUUAUUGAGGGUAAACCAUUGGAGGCUGCUCAAGAGGGUCUGAUUACAUCCACCAGUGAUCUGGACAACCGUCUAAGCAGGCUGGUGUCGAAAGUCUUGAGCUGCAAGAACCAGCCAGCUGAGCUCAACCCAACAGCCAUGGCCAAGCAGCUGGAGGAAGUUCAGGAGUGCAGAGAAACUGCCCAGGCACAGGUGUCAUUGCUUUCUCAGCUGAGAGGAGCUGAUGCUGAGAACAAGGAUGCUUUGGAGCAUGUAACGGACCAGUGGAGUGCAGCUGUACAGGAUGCAGCUGCUGUCAUUCAGACUAAAGAGGCCCAACUGCAGCUGGUGACUGAUUACUGCAAACAGACCCAAAAAGCUAAGAACACACUGGAUAGACUGACAACAGAACUGGCUGCUGUCAGAACGUCCCCAGAGGAGAGCAGCUCCAAGGAGGCAGAGCGACUGUGUGCCUUACUGAGAAGUACGGAGGAGAACGGAACAGUACUUGGGGAGCUGCUUGUGACCCAUACCAAGUUAUGGCCCCACCUCAGCUCUUCUGAGCGAGCGACCGCACAGUCUGGGCUGAAGAACCUACAAGGGAAGUGGGGCGGCCUAGCAUGGGCUGUGGAGAGGUCAUUGUAUCACACAAAUGUCCAUGCUCAGGAGACCAGCAGCCUUCUGUCGGCGAUAUCAGGUCUUCAGGAACAAUUGGAGACAACCAGCAAAGACCUUGAAGCCAUGUCUCCUUCAGCUACGCAGUGGAAUUGCAAGAAGGCACAGCAGCUGAUGGUGGCAAACGCUGAUGUUAAAGCUGCCCAGCAGAAAUACCUUCAUUUGCAGCAGCUUUCAGAGGCAGUUCUACGCUUGCGAAGGGAGAGGGAUACAACAGAGAUACAGCAGGGGCUUCAGAGGACCAAAGACCAAGUUUGCCGUACAGAGGAACUGGUGUCCUCACAAACUCAGAACAGCACCAACCCCAUCAUGGAGAAAAUUAUUGUGGUGAUGAGGGAUGGCUUUGCCUGGGCGAAGCAAACAGAGAGUGACAUUGAGGGCAGGAGGAAGAGGGUGGCUCUCCUCCCUGAGGAGGUUCACAGGCAACUCAGAGAUCUGAAGAAGCUGCAGUCUGAGGUCAUGGCCAAACAGGGCCAACUGGAGUCCCUGGUAGAGGAGGUGACGGAGCUUCUUCCACAGCUGGACCAGGCUGAGGAGGUGCCCAUGGUGCGCUCCUCUCUUGAAUCCCUUGAAGAUCUUUCAAAGUCAACCACUGAGAAGCUAGCCAAGGCUGUGAGAGAGAUAGAGUCAGGACUGCAGACCAGAGAGAAACUGUCAGAGCAGAUUGCUGACCUGGACUCCUGGGUUUUGGCUCAUCUGCAUAGAGAUGCCUCCAGGAGUCCAGACGGUGAGCUCAGGAGCCCGACUGAACUUGAUCGUAGAGUACGUCAGAUCCAAGAGACCCUGGCUGAGGCUGAGAAGCAGGCCGCUGUCUGUGAGGCUCUUUUAAUGAAGAGUAAAGACAUUGCCCCUGAACUCAGUAUCACAGAGAACUGCCAGCUUUUUGAUAAGCUUACAGACCUCCAGGGGGACAUCAGAGCCAUCAGCAGCUAUGAGAAGGCCAACAAAAAUGAGCUGGACAAACUCACUCAGACUGUAGAUUCGAGCAAGAAAAACUUGAUCGUCAUUGAAACAAGCCUGAGGCAGAUGUUAGUAGAUGUGAGUAGACACAAGUUCCCCAUCACAAGCGAGUCCCUGCAACCUUUGGAGCCUUUCAAACACAUGAUUUUAGAACACAAGUCCCAGCUUGACCUUCUGCAACCGUGGAUUCCCCAAGAAAAGUCAAGAGAACUGCACUCAGUCAUUUCUGAACUUCUCAGCAAAAUGGUCACCCUGGAAAUGAAAGCUAGAGGUCACGAGGAGUACCUGAACAAGAGGCAGUGUGUGGAGGACCUCAGGGAGAGUGUUCAGGAGCAGGUCUCUCACACCAAAGAUGACAAAAGGGAGCCUGAGGACAGGUGUAAAGUCUGUCAGACCCUCCUUGUCCAGCUUCCUCUUAUAAAGUAUAUGUCUGAGGAAGCUGGCUCCAAGCUCCAGAUGAUCUCUGCUGACCUUUACCCCUCACAGCUGAGCACAGAGCAACAGAGACUGAAACAGAACGAGGAGAGCCUUCAUACCUUGGAAAUGACGCUAUACAACAACCUCAGUAUUAUCGAGUGGAGCCUGCAGAAGGAACUGGACCUUAACUCAGAGAAGGCAUCCACUCAGGCCUUCCUCCGGAACAGCCAGCAGGAACUCCAGACACUCCCCAUGUUGGAACCAAAUGAAACAGUAAUUGACAACGAAUACCAAAGAAUUAUGUCUUUGAAAAAGACGGUCGAGUCAAGGAUGAGAGCACUGGAGGUUCUGGAGCAAAAGAAGGGAAGUAGGAAAGGAAGUGGAUCCAAAGAUCUGAUGGAGUUGAAGAAAUCAGUCCUCAGGGAAUGUGACUCACAAAUGGAGAACAUCUCCCAGGCCAAGAAGUCUCUGAGAGGCUACACAUGUGCUGUUAGACAAGCAGCACAAUUCCUGAGGGACAUCGAGUUCUCUCUGCUGCCACCGCAGGGCUCUGCUGGACCUUGCUCUGAACGGCUGGAGGAGACCCAGCAGGCUUUGGCCUCGCUGCAGCAGCAGUUCCAGACCCAUGUGGAGAAACUCCAGAGUCAGGUUAUCCUGCAUCCUUACCUGUGCCCCCAGAAGUUGGAGCAGUUCCAGGAGAACAUUCUGAGCCAGCUCCUGGUGAGGAUGUCCACUCUCCAGGCAAAGGGACACCUACGACUGGAGCAUCUAAGCAGUUGUGCAGAACAUCACAGAAAAUACACCAAGUGCCGAGAUGAAAUUAUCCAGAGUGUGAAGAGCGCAGAGAACAGCCUGUCACAGUUCAUCUGUCAAAAGGUCACUUGUCUCGCCGACUGCACCGACCAGCAAACCAAGCUCGGAGUUCUGUCCGAGGAGGUGGAGUCCCUGCAGAGGCAUCUACAGGAGCUGAAAGAGUGGUGCCCAGAGCAGAGCUGUCGUGGAGGGAGGGAGGCCAUCGUGGCUGCUCUCUGGAAACGCGUAGCAAGGCUACGUCGCUGCACACGAGAGCUGACAACUCGUAGUAAGCAGAGGAUCGCAGAAUGGAGCGAAAUCACCAACAGUGUGGAGAAGGCCUCUGCCCUCCUAGAUCAGGUGGAGGCAGAGCUCCCUGAUGGCUCCCGGGUGAAGGCCUCCACUGAGGACCUUCACGAGCUGUUGCAGUCCUGGGAGCAGUACCAGGACAGACUGGACUGUGAACACAGAGCCCUGUCCGCACUGGAACUGCGCACUGCGCGGCUGCAGGGUGUUCCCGCCCACCUGGAACAAGCUCCUCCUACUCCGCUCUGUCAGCGGCUGCAGGCGAUGCAGGGUCGAUACAACAGUGUGAAGCAGAGGAGCAAGGAGGGUCUGAAGGCAGCCAGGAUGGAGCUGGAGGACAGAGAAAAGCUCAGAGAGGAGCUGCAGGGCGUUCGAGUCUGGCUGGAGGCCGCAGAUGGUGUUCUGUCAGAGAUGAAGCAGACCAGCAGCACACAGGAGCUUCAGGAGGUUCACAGCCAGCUGUGUAACCAGAAGGCUUUGGUCCAGCGAAUCAUGGAGAGCCUGAAGAUGAAGUACUCAGACAUGUACACUCUGGUCCCGGCUGAGAUCGAAAGCCAACUGCAGGAGGUCAACAAAUCGCUGCAGCAAGUGGAAGUAAAGGUGGCAGAGGCGGUGGAGAAGAGCGGCCCCGUCCACAGACUGGGGGCGAAGCUGUCUGAGAUCCACGCUGGCCUGACGUCAGUUCAGAAAAGACUUGAACAAAAAAGCCCCAAUGUGACUCAAGCAAAGAUCACUCAGAAGCGUGUGUGGGACGAGCUGGACGUGUGGCACUCGUGUCUGGCGGCGCUUGAGGUGGACAUGCAGGACUUGGAGAAACCAGAGGAGGCGUUUGCUCUCACUGAGAGACUUGUGGAGGUCCAGCAGCUCCACUCCCACCUCGCCAAGCAGGCAGAGCAGAGGACCACCCUCCUCAGCAAGAUCCACACGUGGCUUCAGGAGCAUCAGGAGAUGAUCACCAGCUCUAAAAGCUGGAUGACUGAGGCAAAGUCAUGGCUCGCUACUCCCUGCAUCUACACCACCGCUAAAUGUCUCAGCAGCCACGUUCAGACUCUGCAGAUGGUGUUGGAUGACUCGGCACAGAUCCGAACCACUCUGCAGGGAUUCAGCUCAGUCCUGAAGGAAAUGUCACCGGUCUGUGACAUCACAACUCUCCAGGAACAGCUGGUUGAAGUCGAUCAACAAGUGGCCAACGUUCAGGAAAGCUUCACUGCUCCUCUGUCUCAGCUGGGGCAUGCUGCUGAUGAGGUGGAAGCCAUUGAGAGUGAAGUCAGGCGGAUGGAGACUGAUGUGGCUGAGAUCAGGACCUUCUUAUCAUCUCCAGAGACUUUCCCCAGCCCCAGAGAAGAAAGCCUCAAGGCUGUGGAGCAGAGGAUCCAGUCCAUGAGGAGGACCGUAGCUGAGAUCCAGAAGUGCAAACCCGGCCUGUGUCUUCCAGAGAAGGCUGAAGAGACUCUGACUGUCUUUGGUGUCGUGGACCAGCUGCAGACUCUGCUGCUCGAACUGGAGAAGAAGGUCCCUGCUCUGUUCAUCCAGCAGCCUCCAACUCCGGUCCAAGCCAAAGCUCCGUCAGCUAAACAGACGACCUCUCGGCCUCAGCUCCUAAAAUCCGCUUCAGAGGAGGCUGAGAAGGAACAAGGAGAGCAGGGCCAAAUCAGAAUUGCUCAUGUUGGAGAGGAUGUACUGAAGAGGACUGGAGCAUCACUGCAGACUGUGGAGCCGUCCUCACCUGAACAGAGACAGUCCUGGACACCUGAGAGCACUCAGUGGGAGCAUCAAGGCGUGCUCCAGGCUGAAGAAGCCACAGAGAAAACAGAGAGUCAGGAGCAGACAGUGGAAGAAGGUGGAGGAGGUGUUUUAUGGUGGCUCUGGGAUGCUUUCCUGGGCGCUUCGCCAGAGGAACCUCUGGUUGUCCCACAAGAGACUGAAGGUGCCACUGGACUAACCACUGAACAAACUGGAGAAGUUAGACAGGAUGUUGAGAGCCCCACUGACACCACAGAAGCAAGUUCAUCUGAAGCUUUAUCAAAAUCCCCUGGCACAGUCACAACUCAGUCACUGCCUGAGAGCAUGAGCGGCUCAGCCAGGUGUGUUGUGUGUGUGUCCCAGGAGCCUGGGCCCCGUCCCCGUGAAGGUGUCCUGCAUGUGUGCCUGGAGAGGAUCAGCCAGCUGGAGCUGUGGCUGCAGAGAGCCCAGAGGAGCCUGGUAGCCAGUGGAGCUGCUGGGUCGUCAGCCAUGCAGGACAGCGUGGAGCAGCAACUCCUCACCUGUCAGGAGAUGUUCCUGGAGAUCGAGCAGAGGGUUGCCGGCCUGUCAGUGCACAGCCAGGCAGUUGACCACCACCAGCAGCAGCAGCAGGAUGAACUGGGAGCUGUGGGGUCCCAGCAGGAGGCGGCUGAGCUGCUCUCGUCUAAACUGGAGCUCCUGAAGGCCAACCUGGUCUCCUUCCAACAGCUGCUGCAGGACAGACAGGACGAGGAGAGACUCAUCACACACAAGGAGCUGCAGAAACAGAAGUCUGUACCUCUGCCAGAGCGCCGCCCGGAGACGAGGUUGAAGCGCAGCAGCAGUGUUCAGGAGAUCUUCUCCUCACCCAGAAACAAACUGCUCAGACAGAGCAGCCUGCAGCAGCAGAAGGAGCUGGAGCAGGAGCUGACUGAGCAGAGAGGACUGACUCAGGCCAUCGCCAGACAGGGCAGCAGAGCUCGACUCAACAGUCAAGAACCAGAGGACCACAGCCAGGUGUCACCAUGGUCGCCUCCUGCUGUGGCCGAUGUGGAGGAGGACUGUGCUCAGAGGAGGUGGGAUGGCCUUCACAGUCGGCUGCUGGCUCUGGAGGAGAGCUGGCUGCUUCCUCCCUCUGAGGUGACAGACUCAUCUACGAGGCGCGGUGAUGGAACAGCAGGACGCAUGAUUGGCACACAAACCCUGAAAGAGCUCCAAACCCACAUCAGCCAUCUGAGAGAGCUGGGACACACAGCGACAGAGCCUCAGAGUCAGGCCUCAGCUGCUGACGGCGCCCAUCAGACGCUGGACGAGGGUUUGUUUCAUGUGCUACACGGAGCGUCCCUGUCUCUGUCCUCUAUCAACAACCUGCUGCAGUCGCCUGCUCGGACGACGCAUGAAGAAGACACACAGCUGAAGCUGCUGCAGCUGCAGAGUCUCUCGGCAGAGCUGGCUACCCUCGGCAGCGAGCUGUCCUCUCAGGGGUCAAAGGUCAGCCGCGUCCUGGGGUCACAGUGUGGUCAGCAGUGUGUGGAUGACCUGUGUCGAGUGCUUCCUGUGGUCCAGGCUGCGCUGAGCAGCAGAGAGAAGCAGCUCACACACCUGCAGGAGGAGACGGCAAAGCAACAGAUACAACUAAAUGAGUUGCAUGCAGCCUUCACUUCUAACCAGGCGACGGUUCACCAAAUAACUCAUGAAUUCAAUGGAAGCCUGGGCCUUAACAAACAACUACAGGCUGUGGUUCAGAUGCAGGAGUCUCUGCAGCAGCAGGUGGAGCAGGUGAGCUCCCUGCUGGAGGAGGCUGACCGACACAACCUGCCUGCAUCUUUCAUCCACCACGCCUCACAGCUGCAGGGGGAGCUGGCCAGUGCUGUGGGUGGUGUUCGCUCCCUCUGUGAGGAACUGAAGAACAGUGUGGAGCUGCAGCAGCAGUAUGAGCGGCUGGUCCACAGCCUGGAGGAGCUGCUCGCGCUGGGCUCUGAGCGCCUGGCGCAGCAGCCUGACACAGAGCUCCACAGCAGAGCUCAGCUCCAGCAGCAGCUCAGCAGUCACACGAAGUUCUUCCAGUUCCUGGGGCAUCAUUUUAAGAUCCUGCAGUAUCUGACCCAGAGAGUCCCUGAGAGCGCCCUCCAGAGGUGGGAGGGUGUAGUGAUGGGCCUGCAGGAGGAAGUGACCCAACUGCAGCAGCAUGGACUGGAGAAAGGGGCCAGGAUGCAGGAAACAUUACAGAUGUGGUUACAGUGGGAGGAGGACAGCGCCUGGUCAGGAUCCCUGCUGACAGCCAUUGAGACUUCAUUUCCCAAGACGCACGAGGGGGUUGAUUGUGAGGAGCAGAUAUCGAAGAAGCUCUCUGUCUACCAGGAGCUGCGUGGGGUUCUGGAGGGGAACAAGGCACGGUUCAGUCGGAUGUUGGAGGCGGGGUUCUGGCUGCAGGCGGCGGGAUGCAGAGGAGUGGGUGUGUCCACCAGAGAGCUGAAGACCCGCUGGAGAGCUCUGCACAAGAAGAUGGAGCACAAACGCACAGAUGUAGAGAGGAAGAGGAAGCUGAGGAGCAGGUUUUCCCAUGACUCUGCUGUACUGGCUGACUGGAUGGGCGGGGCCAGAGAGCUGAUAGACAGAUGCAGUCAGCUCUCUGUCUCAGCUGAGGAGGAGGUGGACAUCAAACAGAGGCGUGACCAAUACCUCCAGUUUGUGACUUUGACCAAAGAGCUUGAGGCCAAAUCUGACCUGAAGGUGGCUGUAAUCGGUGCUGGAACCCAGCUGCUCCAGCUGAGGAAGGAAGAUGGAGACUCAGAAAGAUUCCCAGAGGACAAAGACACUUCACUCUCUCAGACUUCAGACCCAAAUCUCUGCUCUAUUGAAUCCCACCUCAGACAGAUAGAGCUGGACUGGUCCAGUCUGCUGGCUGAUGUCCCUGUCCUGCAACAAGCUCUGCAUAAGCGAUGGAUGGAGACGUCGACCCAGCAGGGGGCGCUGCUGGAGCUGCAGGCCUGGCUGGAAGCUGCUGAGAUCCUGCUGGAGGAGCAUCGCAGCAGAAUCAACCAAACCUCGUCCACUAACACUGAUCUGAGUCAGCUCCUGAAAUACUGCAAGGAGUGUCAGGCAGAGAUGUCGGCCCAUCAGGCCACACUGGACUACGUGAGCCAGCCGUUAGAGACAUGCAGUACUGAGGAGGGCCAGAGGAGGCGCUACGAACACAAGCAGUUUGCAGAGGAGCAGGGCCGUCUCAACCAUCAGUGGCUCAGUUUGCAGGAAACUCUCAACUCUCAGAUCCAGGAGGCGGAGCAGGAGCUGAGGAGCAGAGCGGAGCGGGAGGCCCGACUGCAGCACAUCAACAGCUGGAUCACAGAUCAGAACUGCUGGAUGGACUCAGCUCAGACACCCAGCAGCCACACGGAGCUGCAAAGGAGCAUCAACACCUGCCAGCGUCUAGAGGAGACGAUCAGGCAGAAGUCUGCAGCUCUUCUGGAGCUGAGAAACAAAGUUGAUGGUGAAGGAGGAAACAGCAGCUGUGACUUCAUCUCUCAGACAGAUAAAUCCAUCCAGGCCUGUGCUGCUCUCACACAACGGUACGACGCAGUGAAAGAGAGGCUGAUUGGAGCCCAGCAGCUGUGGGGCUGCGUGGAGAAGCGACUGAAUCAGAUGCUGCUGAAAACAGUGAGGACAUCUCAGACUCUUGAGUAUCACAGCGGCCCUCAGCUCUCCCUGCAGGCGCACAGAGAUCGCCAUGAGAAGCUGCAGCAGCUUCUUCGUGAGGAGACAGGAGCUUCAGAGGCAGAGUGGGACGAACUGAGUCAAACCGCCUCCUCCCUCAAAGAAAUCAUCAGUCCUGCUGCCGCCGCCCUCCUCACAGAGCAGCUGGACAGACAGAGAGACAGCUGGACUGAGGUGUCCGCAGCCUUGGACCAGCAGCUCCAGAGGAGUCGCAGCAUCCUGCAGGUGUGGGAGGUCUACGCCCAGCUGGCUGCGUCUUUCUCCCAGCGGCUGCAGACGCUGCAGAGUGACGUCAGAUCAGCGCUGAGUGGAGCACCUGGAGACGAUAACACUGUGGAGCAGGUCGCUGUGAAGAUUUGCAGCGUUCAGAGUCUUCUGCAGAGGACGGACACUCUGCAGUCCGACCUGGAGGGGGUGCUGGGGGCCUCCAAGGACGUAAUUAGCAACCUGGAGCCUUCAGCUGCCAUACUGGUCCAAUCAGAGAGCCGGUUGUUGUCACGUGGUAUUCAGCAGCUCAGCCAGACGGUGACGAGGAAGCUGGGUCAGCUGCAGGAGGAGCUCGAGCGGCUGCAGGAGUUUGGAAACGCCCUGGAGUCACUGGAGAGGAACCUGGAGCUUUGGCAGGAGCGUCUGCGCGAUGUGGGCCGGACAGCAGACCAGUCUGGCCUCCUGGAGCUGAGCGGCCUGUCUGCUGACCUGGAUGUGCUGAAUGAGCAGAGCCGCAGCGUGACGCUAGGUGACGCUGCAGCCCGCCGCCUGCAACGUCUCAACCGCUGCUGGGCCGACGCGUCCGCCAGAGCUGAGGAGGCCUGCAGUGAGCUGCAGACGGAGGCUCUGAGGCGGCAAAGCUUUGAGCGCAAGUGUGAGAGCUGGAUGUCUUUCCUACAGAGGAUGGAGGACAGCCUGGCUGUAGACGUGGCCGGCUCUUACAUCGGCCUCAGACAGCAGCUCUGUACACACAAGCGGUUUCAGGCAGAGCUGUCCACUGGUCACCAGAUCCUUCACUCAGUCAUCACUGAGGCUCUCCAACUGCUGCAGAAAGGAGAGGUGGAGGACAGGAGUGACUUCAUCCUGAAGCUUGCCCAGCUCAGGGAGCACUGGCAGGGGGCGGUGCAGCGGGCCGACCAGCGGCGCUCCCUGGUGGAGGGACUGGUGAAGCAGUGGCACCUGUACAGCCGCAGCCUGAGGAAGUUGCAGAGGUUCCUGUCAGAGACACAGACACUCCUUCCUCCCACCACACCUGCCCACUGCAGCGUGCAGCAGCUACGACACUCCCUCCAGGACCUCCAGCACACAGAGCUGUUGUUCCAGAGGUACCAGUGCAGCUUCAUCCACACUCUGGAGGUCGGCCGGCAGCUCUUCUCCAUGGGGGACGAGGAGACCCAGACUCAGCUGCAGACGGAUUUGGGAAGCCUGCAGGAGGAGUGGGACAACCUGCAAAGCCUGCUGGGCCGGAGAAUGGACCUCACCGAGGCGAUCGUCAAGAACUGGGAGCGCUGCGAGGCCGGACUGGCUGACAGCAUGCUGCAGCUGAAGGACGUGAAGACGAGACUGAACCAGUCGAUGCCGGAGUUUGACGAUGAGCUGCAGAGCACCGAGAAAUAUUACAAGGAGAACGAGGACUCCCUGGAGGACUGGGCUGAGAGCCUGACGGAGCUGAGCACCAUGAAGACGGAUCUGUCCCAGUACAUCAUCGCAGACGAUGUCCUACUGCUGCAGGAGCAGGUGGAGCACCUGCACUGUCAGUGGGAGGAACUCUGCCUCAAGGUGUCUCUGCGUAAACAGGAGAUCGCAGAUCGUCUGAACGCGUGGAUCAUCUUCAACGAGAAGAACAAGGAGCUGUGCGAGUGGCUGACGCAGAUGGAGAACAAGGUCGCGCACAACUCGGACCUCAACAUCGAGGAGAUGGUGGAGAAACUCAAGAAGGAUUGUAUGGAAGAGAUCAACCUGUUCAGUGAGAAUAAAACCCAUCUGAAGCAGCUCGGAGAACAACUCAUCACAGCGAGCAACAAGACGAAAGAGACGGAGAUCAACGACAAGCUGAAGGACAUCAACGACCGCUGGCAGCAUCUGUUUGACCACAUAGAGGCCAGGGUGAGGAAGCUGAAGGAGACGCUGGUGACGGUGCAGCAGCUCGACAAGAACAUGAGCAACCUGCGGACGUGGCUGUCUCGCAUCGAGGCGGAGCUGGCCAAGCCGGUGGUCUACAACGUCUGCCACAGCGAUGAGAUUCAGAGGAAACUUGCUGAGCAGCAGGAUCUGCAGCGGGACAUCGAGCAGCACACGGAGAGCGUGGCGUCGGUGCUGACGCUCUGUGACGUCCUGCUCCACGAUGCAGACGCCUGCGGCAGCGACUCGGAGAACGACUCCAUCCAGCAGACCACCCGCAGCCUGGACCGACGCUGGAGGAACAUAUGUGCCAUGUCCAUGGAGAGGAGGAUGAGGAUUGAGGAGACGUGGCGUCUGUGGUGUAAGUUCCUGGACGACUUCUCUCGCUUUGAAGACUGGCUGAAGACAGCUGAGCUCACCGCAGCGAGCCCGGACUCUUCUGACGUCCUCUACACCAGCGCCAAGGAGGAGCUCAAGAAGUUUGAGGCGUUCCAGCGGCAGGUUCACGAGCGUCUGACUCAGCUGGAGCUGGUGAACAAACAGUAUCGCCGUCUGGCCCGGGAGAACCGAACUGAUGCCGCCAGCAAACUUAAAGUCAUGGUCCACGAGGGGAACCAGAGGUGGGACAGCCUGCAGAGGAGGGUGGCCUCUGUUCUGCGCAGACUCAAGCACUUCACCUCUCAGAGAGAAGACUUUGAGGGAACUCGUGAGGGGAUCCUGGUCUGGCUCACAGAGAUGGACCUGCAGCUCACCAACGUGGAGCACUUCUCCGAGAGCGACAUCGAAGACAAGAUGAGACAGCUGAACGGCUUCCAGCAGGAGAUCACCCUCAACACCAACAAGAUUGACGCCCUGAUCGUGUUCGGGGAGAACCUGAUCCAGAAGAGCGCUCCUCUGGACGCUGUGCUGAUCGAGGACGAGCUGGAGGAGCUGCACUCCUACUGCCAGGAGGUGUUCGGCAGAGUGGCUCGCUUCCACCACCGCCUUGUCAACAGACGCCCAGUUCUGGAGGAGGAGAGGGAGCUGGACGACUCACCCGAUCUGACCAACGGGACCUCCUGGAGCGAGGCGAGGAAGAAGGAGGGGGAGGUUUCAGCAGGAGGUGGAGUCUCAGCUGGACGGCAGGUCAUGUGCCACCUCCUAGCGCCCCCUCUGGAGCGGUCGGGAAGAGAGACCCCCGUCAGCGUGGACUCCAUCCCGCUGGAGUGGGACCACACUGUCGAUGUGGGAGGAUCAUCGUCACACGAAGACGACGAGGACUCCACCUUCUUCAGCGCCCUGUCAGACAUGAAGGUCACAGAGAGCUCAGAGUCCUUUGUUAGAGCGACUGUCAGAGCAGUGAAAGCUGCGUCGGUGAAGUCAGUGACCGACCCGCCUAGCUGGCACCAGCCCGGCUCCCCAGAGAGGAAACGAGUCCCCCGAGAAAUGAUCCGAGGCCUGGGCUCGUCUCCUACACACACCACCAGCACUCCGUACCACCAGCAGGGCUACGUUAAGCUGAUGUCGGAGUGCAGCGGCAGCAUCAACACCGUGAAGAGAGUCAAGCUGAUCCUGAACGAUGAGGAGGAGCUGGAGGGUUCAGGUCUGACCAGCAGCACGGCCGACAAACAGACCAGCACAGGUGUGAUCGAGCGCUGGGAGCUGCUACAAGCACAGAAGUUCAACAACGAGACGGACAUCAAGCAGGACCUGGAGCAGUGGCAGAAGCUGAACUCUGACCUCUGUGAUGUCACUUCCUGGUUGGGCAGGGUGCUGCCAGAGCUGGAGAGGCUACAGCGGAUCGCACCGUCCACCAGUAUCCAAGACAUCGAAAUCAACAUCAGGAAACAUAAGGAGAUGCAGAAAACCUUCAACAGCUACAAGUGUCUCAUGAUCUCUGCCAACCUGAGCAGCCGCCACUUCCUGCGGGGCGACAGCGCCGAGCUGCGGGAGCUGCAAGAGGCUCUCAGCUCAGCCAAUAGCAGCUGGACGCAGGCCUGCAGCGGCCUGGAGAGCUGGGAGAGGAGGCUGCACUCUGCACUCAUGCAGUGUCAGGAGUUUAAUGAGACGCUGCACUCCCUGCUGUUGUGGCUCGCUCAGGCUGAGAACACACUCAGCGCUGUGAAUGUCAGCGACCAGUCGACGUCACGCGCCGCCCUGCUGGAGCACAGAGACACGCUGAGGGCUCUGCAGGAGGAGCUCUGCAGCCGCCAGCGGCAGGUCUCCUCACUGCAGGAGAUCUCCUCACAGCUCCUCCUGGAGGCCACCGGAGAAGACAGCGUGGAGGCCAAGGAGAAGGUCCACGUCAUCGGCAACAAACUGCAUCUCCUGCUGCGACGGGUGGCUGCUGACCUGCACACACUGCAGGGGAGACUGGAAACCUGCUCAACCAGCUCAGAGUUGGACAGCAUUGGUCUGGGAGCACUCCACUCUCCUCUGCUGCUGCACAAGGAGGAGGCUGCAGGUCUACAGGCAGCUGCAGUUGGACAGCCUGCCACAAGAAGGGAGGAGAGGAGGGAUUCUUCCCCACAGAGACCCUUCUUCUACCGGGUUCUACGAGCUGCCUUCCCCCUACACCUGCUCUUCUUCAUGCUGCUGGUUCUGGCCUGCCUGGUGCCUCUGUCUGAAGAGAACUACAGCUGUACACUGUCUAACAACUUCGCCCGCUCCUUCUACCCCAUGCUGCGCUACACCAACGGCCCUCCGCCCACAUGAGCACUGCCACGACACCCAGCGAGUUCCCAUGAUCUGGGGAGGACUGACGGACUUAAUCAAAUGUGAGGUUGUAAUCCUUCACAGUGUGAAGGUGUACAUUCAAAGACACCUUCUCCCUGCCACACAAAGAGGCACCACCCUUCAGGUUUGGAGGCCUCAUCUUUUUUUUUUUUUUUUUUUCUUAAACUAAAUAUUAUUGGUGUAUUUAAAUAUGUAUUUAUUGAUUGUGGAGUUCCACAGUUAAACAAAAAGAAGCCAUAUCACUGGUUUGUUUUAAAGUUUUGUCAUUUUUAUAUGUAGAGUCACCGUCUAACGUCCCCACCAAACAUCUCCAACACACGGUGCAACGAGAAAAAGGUCUCGAGAUUUAUUUUAAUACCUACAGUAUAUUUUCAUUUUUGUACUUUCACUACAGUCUGUGGGAUCUAAUCUGAAGGAUAAACGACAGUUCUUACCAAAGCAUCCAGAAAUUAAGUACACCAGCCAUUUUCUACCACUGCAGCUAUUUGUACUGUUUUUCAUAGAAGGCAGCCUCUUGUUGUUAGCACAUUUUGUACAGAAGAGUUGAUUUAGAGAUAUUUAAGAAGCGACGAUCUGUAAGAUGUUUGUUUUUUUUUAAAUGAUGGCAGUGACUCAUCUGCAGACAUGCCUUUCUGUAGCCAACUGAACGACCGUAAAUUUAUCAGAUAAUGUUCUUUAAAUGGUGUUAUUGAUGAUUUUUGUAUAUAAGGGCAAACUACUGAGAAAGAAAUAGCUAAAUUAUUGUUUCUGCGUUUGAGUGUGGCACUGAAAUAUAAUCAAAGUAAUUUAACACGGGGCAACAGUUUGAGAUUUGUUCCUAUGAUUGUGUUAACUUUAUGACCAGUGGUUUGGAGGUUUGCGUAUUUUAGCAGAUCGCUGAACCUAAAAGAUUGGCAUUAAUGGUGUAGAUCCUAAGUUUAAAGCUGCAUUAUGUAAUUCUUGACCACCAGGGGGCAGAAAGUGUCAAAACAUACCUAGCUAAAACAACAGCAAGUGCUUUCAGCCAACAUGGUAGCAUUACAAACUGCCUACAUGAGGCCCAGACACACCAAACCAGCAUCAAGGAGCUAGUAGCGAGGAAAGCCGACUGUUCCAUUACCUCACAUCGUCUGCUUCUCAGCCACAAAGCUGCACUUGAACACACCACAAUGACUAUAACCAACGGCCAACUCGCAUGUACGUUCUUGCACCUGCAUGAGAGGAAAUAACUCUCCAUAGCGGCAGGCGGCAGUAGUCUGUAUUCGUCAUUCAGAAAGGGGAACUAGAAGACCAACAGGACCAUGGGUGUAUAAAGAGAACUGGAUACAGCAUUGGAGACCGGCCCCCAUUCAUUUCUCUAAAAGUUGCGCGUGAAGCCAAAAAAGCUCAGUGUCUGCGGUAUUAAAGUACCCAGAUCUCCAUACUGUGGGGCCCACAGAGCAAGCACACUAGAGACUUGCGGCGGCCGAGCAGUUACCUUCAGAUUUAGCGCUCUGCUAACUUGAAUGGUGACAAAUAUUUAAUCAUGCGUCUCUUUUACACUUUAGAAAUGAAAUUGGACGGAAUGGAUCAAAUCCUGAGCCACUUCACGGGGGCUGUGACUCUCUAAAAAUAAUGUAUCCACUGAUUUACAACUGUCUCUUUCCUGUCAUUUGGAAAAGUCUAUUUGAGUCCCAUGGCACCAUGUGACGGACCCAGAAGUUGUAGUUAUGUGGUUUGGCCAUUAUGAAAAUUGGCUUCAAAGACUGGGGCACUUCCAGGAGGCCUGGACAGGACGGACUCAACAUGCUAGUUAGCCAGUUAGCAUAUUAACAACACAACCUGAUGCUGACAGAGCAAAGGCUAUUUACUGUGUGCUAGCAAACAAACACAAACAAGUACAAACCAUUUCUGCUGAAAAGCUCAACAGUUUAAAAAAAAAAAAAAUCGUACCAAAAAUAGCAAGUCGAUCUUACACCCUCCGGACUUUAGUCCUUUGAUUGGUGGUUCAGCUCGGAAGUGAAACAGAAGUGAGGAAAACAAACAGUGAUUUCACUCACCGACAGGCUCCACAGGACGCGGCAACAUUUCAACGCGCUGAAGCGUCCGAACAACAGAAGACAAGGGCCAACUAGUGCCAACAGUACAGGACACAGCACAAAACCAAGGGAAAGACGCUCACCAGCAUCACCCGACGGCUCGGUGUGUCAGGGCCCUAACACAUCCAACAGACACAGAUUCAGCCAACUGAUCUUUCUGCAGCUAUAAAACCAAAACGGUUAUCUAUAACAGGCUUAAAGUUCAGUACAGCUCUAGAGUUAGGAGUUGAUCCUCAGUGCGUUUAAGUUGCAGUUCAUUCAUUGUAAUAUCAAAAGUAUUAUCUACGUUCUAAAGAGAGGUUCAUCUGUGUUGAGAUUUGAUAAUAAGUCCUGUGUUGAGACAUUAACAACUAAAUGGCUGAGUCAUCUUAUGUUAAAUGAUCUAUACUUUACCCCUUUACAAAGUUUAUAAGUUUAGAACUUACCCAACGCUGUCCCAAGUCCUCCGAGCCCCGUGGAGUAAAGCCCUGCAGACAUGACACAUCCAACAGGUUAAAACAAAACCUGACAUUUAAAAGUACAGCUUUUGGUUUAUACUAUAAAGUAAAUGAGUGAUUUACCUGAACGCUGCUUUAAAACUCUUGAGUCAUGCAGUUGAAGGACCGGUGUCAAAACCUCACGAGUCAGACUUGGAGUAGAACAUGAAUGUAAGUGAUCCUUUGGGCAUUGAAUGUAGCUGUGUACAUGCACAAUCAAAGAUCAUUAAAUGUUAUUAUUAUGGAUCCUAAAUGUUAAAAAGUGUGUGUGAUUUGAUUUGAACUUCAGUGUUUGAUCCUGAUUUGUACAUACUCUCAGCCUCACCUCACACUCAGCAGAACAGAAACAAACAACAAACAGUGUGUAAAGUUUGAUUUAUUUUGUGAACUCUUAUUUAUGGGAUGUAUAGAUUGUCCUUUUUUUUGACUGACAAUAAACUGUGUUUGCCAUGAUUUGUGGUUGUGUGUUUACGGUAUCGCUGGGUUAGAGGAAGACCCAGGCUCAGAACGGACAGGCAGAAACUUACACAAGAUAUGAAUGUGUGUGUGUGUGCAUGCAUGUACAAGCUACAGACAUCAGGAAAGAAAGGAUAGUGAACAUGUAUCUGUCUAUCAGCAGUAGUAGGACAUUCUGGCACUGAGGCUGGAUUUACAUUGGCAGAAAAGUGGUACAGCUCUCGAGGAGACGUCCAAAAAGGACCUAAAUGAUGCGUUUGGGGGACAAAUCCAAUUUUGUGAAGGAUCGACUCUUUCAGUUUGUUUGGCCCAAUCAAAACAAAGCGAUUCAAACUUGGAUGGUGCAAAAGAAGUGACUGGUUUCUUCCUCCAGGAGAACAGUGGUGUGGUUAAUGAGAACAUAAUCAAAACCACUAUAGCAAAUAAAACACGAGGCUUUAAACGUGUAAGAGGACAGAAAGUUUAAGCCAACAGUUUCUGGUGUCUGUGAAGCCAAGAACAACAAAACAAGCCAGUUCUGGACUCAUGCUUAUAUUCAGCUCUUUGUUCAUGUGGUAUCCAUUUGGGGAAGUGCAUAAAUCAAUGUGAAGGACACUGAUAAUUUCAUCAUGUUUAAUUAGGUUGAGGACUGUAGCAAUUUUUUAAUGUAUUUUGUGAAUAAGGUUGCCAGUGUCAAGGCCAGUAUAACACCCUCCUCCUCCUCCCUUCCUGAUCCUCCCAAACAGUCAAUUAUUGACAAUUUCUCACCUGUCUCCUUACAAGACUUAGCAGAUCUUGUGUGCACUAUGAAGAUCUCUUCUAGUCCGCUGGAUAUCCUGCCCACAACUUUGCUGAAAAAUGUUUUCAGCACUAUUGGUCCAUCUCUGCUCUCCAUAAUCAAUAGCUCACUGGUUUCUGGUCGUGUCCCGUCCCAUUUCAAGCAAGCGGUUGUUCAGCCGCUUCUCAAAAAGCCCAAUCUGGACCCCGAUGUUCUUAGUAACUACCGGCCCAUUUCCAAGCUGCCCUUUGUAUCUAAGAUUCUAGAAAAAGCAGUUGCAAACCAGUUAGUGACAGCGUUGAACAGUUACAAUAUCUUAGAUAAAUUUCAGUCCGGUUAUCGUCAGUUACAUUCCACAGAAACUGCUCUUCUCAGGGUCUCCAAUGACAUCAUGAUGGCCUCCGAUGCCGGUAAAUCCACUAUCCUGGUUCUGCUUGAUCUCAGUGCAGCCUUUGACACUGUUGAUCACCACAUCCUUUUAGACAGGCUGAGGGACAGGGUAGGAAUCUCAGGGACCGCUCUUCAUUGGUUUAAAUCCUAUCUGUCUGAUCGAUCCUUUUCUGUGGCUGUUGGCCCUCAUAAAUCAGAGUUUGCCCCCCUUUCUUGCGGGGUGCCCCAAGGUUCAGUGCUUGGGCCUAUCCUCUUUACGCUAUACAUGCUCCCUCUCAGAGAUGUCAUCAGCAAUUUUGAAGGUAUCUCAUACCAUAUGUAUGCAGAUGACCUCCAGUUAUAUUUUUCUUUUAACCCUGAUAGGACCGAUGGAAUUGACUCACUGUACGAUUGUAUGAAUGUAAUUAAGGACUGGAUGUCUUCUAACUCCCUUCAGUUGAACGCAGCUAAAACUGAGAUUUUAAUUAUUGCACCUGACGCCUCAGCAUCUAAAGUGGCCAGCUGCUUAGGGUCCCUCAGUGCAAAUGUGCGCCCCAAGUUGAGAAACCUUGGGGUCACAUUUGAUCAGGCCAUGCUCUUCGAUGACCACAUCAAAACUGUCACUCGCUCCUGCUUUUUCCACCUCAAAAACAUUUCCAAACUCAGAUCCAUGUUAACUUAUUCCGAGCUAGAAAUGAUCAUCCAUGCUUUUAUUUCCUCACGUCUGGAUUACUGUAAUUCUCUUUUCACCUGUCUCAAUAAAACUUCAUUAGACCGCCUCCAACUAGUCCAGAACGCUGCCGCCAGGCUUCUGUCCAGAUCUCAUAAGUUCACUCACAUCACUCCAGUCCUGGCAUCCCUGCACUGGCUCCCUGUUAAUUUCAGGAUCCAGCACAAGAUUCUAACCAUCACUUACAGAGCCCUCCAUGGUCAAGCACCUGCAUACUUGACGGAUCUGGUGUCCUUUCACUGUCCUGUCAGGUCACUGCGGUCCGCUGAAGGCCACCUACUUACUGUCCCUCACACAAGAUUAAAGACGAAAGGUGAUAGAGCCUUUAAGGCUGUUGCACCAAAAUGGUGGAAUGCACUACCUCAUGAGCUGAGAGCGGCCUCUUCCAUGGACAUUUUUAAAAAGCAGUUAAAAACACAUCUGUUUAGGCUUGCGUUCCAUUAACUGUCCAUUGUAUCAUCUCUGUAUUUCGCUGCACUUACUUUUUAUUUGUUUUUGUGUAUUUUGCAUUGUUUCUGUUAUUGUAUUUUUUGUAUUUUAUCUUGUGAAGCACUUUGUGAGUCCUCUCUGUGAGAAGUGCUAUAUAAAUAAAUGUACUUACUUACUUACUUACUUACGUUAAAUAGGGUAAAAACAAAACUUCCAAUAUGCAAAUCUAAUUCCUAAAACAAAAAGGGAAUGUUCAGAGAAAAUCUGUAAGUACUUUGGAUUCAAUAAUAAUAGCAACAACUAAUAAUAUAGCCGCAAGCGUCAAUCCAAGGGUUCAAACCCUUUCAGCCAACAGAAGGAAGCAGGUUUUUAGCUUCACAAGGCUGAGCAAAAUAAGUUCUGCUUUUUUAUAUGUCUAAAGAAG